AUGGAGAAGCUCAGGCGGAUCAACCGGGACGUCUCCGAUUUGGUGCUAACGAAAUUGCAAGCUAGGGAUUUGCUUCAGAUGAAAUGCGUCUCCAGAGCUUGGCGCGACCUCAUCUCUGACCGAUCAUUCGCUGUGCACCAUUCCCUCCACGGGAAUCCGCCGCCGCUAUCGGGGUUCCUCUUCCAGGAGAAAUCUCGAUGGGUGCCGCACAAGGUCUCGGCGGUGAGCUACGUCUCCACUCCGAACGAAGAACCACCAAAGCUUCUCAAGACCCCUCUGGACUCCAUUCCAGAGAAUUUCGCCAUUGCAUCUUCCUGCAACGGCUUGAUCUGCUGCAAGAGCUUCUCCCCUCUCAGCAAGGGUGCUUCCAUCCCUUUAUCAAAAAACACUUGUGCUACUAUCCACGUAGGUAACGUUCUAACCAAAGAGUGGGUGCAAGUAGACUGGAAAGGGCCGCUUGGGGUUGCGGUUGCCAUGGGACUGAUUUUUGAUCCUUGUUCCGAUCUCACCGGUAGUUCCACCAACUUCAAGGUGGUCAUGGUGUGGCAGACGGAGGACAGUGAUGGGUACUCGUUUCAUGUGUACUCAUCGGAGAUGAAGAGUUGGAGGCUUUCGGAUGAAAUGUGUGAUCCCGGGUGGUACGAGGUGUACGAUACCAAAUGUGUGUCUGUGAAAGGGGUAGUGUACUGGCUCACUGAUGGUGAUAAGAUUCUGAUGUUUGAUGUGGAAAAGGAGAUGUCUUAUAGUGUCUCUACCCCGAUCCCAGCUUCAGAAUUCGAUACCGAACCAGUGGUUGCCUGUGUUGGGGAAGCUGAUGGGAAGUUGCAAUAUGUAAUGGUGUCGAUGGAAGGACUUCUGGUUUGGGGUUUGGAAGAUCUGUACGAGGGGAAGUGGUCGCUCGAGUACACAAAGUCGUUGGGCGAUAUGGAGAAAGAGCAUGCCGAGUUCUCACUCAAUCUGCAACAAGUGCUGAGGAUGCAGGAGCUCAAGGAGCGAUGGGUGGAUCCUUUGGCUUUUAGAGAUGGCAUCUUGAUGCUGAGGGUUUCGAACACGGUCUUCUCGUACGACACGAGGAACGGUGGGAUGAACCGUGUUGCUCAUGUGACUGAGUUUGGUACUGAGAGCAUGUUUGAUUCUAUAGUGGUUCCUUACUCUUUGAGCUUGGCUCCUCUGAAUCUGCCCUGAAAAAGAAAAUAUGCAGAAGGCACCUCAUGUGCAGGCUUCAUGGGUACAAUUCAAAGCUUUCCCCUGUCCCAUGUCCAUUUUGUUGAGGGAGCAAGGUUUUGGAAUUUGGAUGUCUCAAAGAUUAGUUAUGGAUGUAGACUAUAUAGUACUAACAUAUAUAUGUCUAGCUAAACUGCCUAAACAGUAAUAUAGGUUACAUUUGCCAGAUAGUUCUGGUGUUGCACCUGCUGGCUGCUGCCCAUUUUGUUUGGGAGAGUUUCUUUUGAUAGGGUGCAAAACAGAGGGUGGGGAAAGAAAGUAUUAUGUUUUCUCCUGUGAAAACUUCUUCGAUCUUUUUCACCUGACCUGAUAUGUCAUAUGUGCUGAUGGGAAGCCCUGGAAAUGGGCCCGGGGAUCCGAGAACAAUUCUGUCCCCGGGCCGGCUAAUAAUUCGAGUCGACCAACGCAUUCUUGAGCUGAUCGGGUAACAGUUAAACUCGGCUCGAUUCCACCCUAAAUUAGCAC